AUGGCCGAGAGCUCCUCGCCGCCCUCCUCGUCUGCCGCUGCCGCAGCCCCAGCAGCUGAGCUGGGAGUCACGGAGCAGCCGGGGCCCCAGAGCCCCCCUCCCUCCCCUCCAGGCCUGGAGGAGCCCCUGGAUGGAGCUGAUCCUGAAGUCCCUCACCCGGACCUGGCACCUGUUGCCUUCUUCUGCCUACGACAGACCACCAGCCCCCGGAACUGGUGCAUCAAGAUGGUGUGUAACCCAUGGUUUGAAUGUGUCAGCAUGCUGGUGAUCCUGCUGAACUGCGUGACACUUGGCAUGUACCAGCCCUGCGACGACAUGGACUGCCUGUCGGACCGCUGCAAGAUCCUGCAGGUCUUUGAUGACUUUAUCUUCGUCUUCUUUGCCAUGGAGAUGGUGCUGAAAAUGGUGGCCCUGGGCAUUUUUGGCAAGAAGUGCUACCUUGGGGACACAUGGAACCGACUGGACUUCUUCAUUGUCAUGGCAGGGAUGGUCGAGUACUCUCUGGACCUCCAGAACAUCAACCUGUCGGCCAUCCGCACCGUGCGUGUCCUGAGGCCCCUCAAAGCCAUCAACCGUGUGCCCAGUAUGCGGAUCCUGGUGAACCUGCUCCUGGACACGCUGCCCAUGCUGGGGAAUGUCCUCCUGCUCUGCUUCUUCGUCUUCUUCAUCUUCGGCAUCAUCGGCGUGCAGCUCUGGGCGGGCCUGCUGCGUAACCGCUGCUUCCUGGAGGAGAACUUCACCAUGCCCUGGAGGGACCGAACCAGCCUCUCGCUCGAGAGCAGCACUCAAGUGUCAGCUCUUGCCAAGCCCGUGCUUAGUGCUCAGGACACAACAGAAGGCAGAGUUCCUGCCCUUGGGGAACUGGUCACAGGUGCCUCCACCAAGGGGCUCUCGUGGACGGAGGACGACUGCGGGAGGCUUGGGACGCCCUCCAGGGUGAUUACCCUGGAAGGCUGGGUGGAGAUCAUGUACUAUGUGAUGGAUGCUCACUCCUUCUACAACUUCAUCUACUUUAUCCUGCUUAUCAUAGUGGGCUCCUUCUUCAUGAUCAACCUGUGCCUCGUUGUCAUAGCGACCCAGUUCUCGGAGACCAAGCAGCGGGAGCACCGGCUGAUGCUGGAGCAGCGGCAGCGCUACCUGUCCUCCAGCACGGUGGCCAGCUAUGCGGAGCCCGGCGACUGUUACGAGGAGAUCUUCCAGUACGUCUGUCACAUCUUGCGCAAGGCCAGGAGGCGUGCCCUGGGCCUCUACCAGGCCCUGCAGAGCCGGCGCCGGGCCCCGGGCCCGGGGGCGUCCCCCUCCGCCAAGCCCGGGCCCCGCGCCAAGGAGCCCAGGCAUUACAAGCUGUGCCCUCGACACAGUCCCCUGGACCCGAUGCCCCACACACCGGUGCAGCCCAUCUCUGCCAUGCUGGCCUCCGAUCCUGCCAGCUGUCCCCGCUGCCAGCACGAGGGGAGCCGGCGGCCCUCGGGCCCGGGCAGCACCGACUCGGGCCAGGAGGGCUCCGGCUCUGGUGGCUCAGGUGGUGACUCGGAGGAGGUGGAUGGGGACGGGGCCCGGAGCAGCGAGGAUGGGACCUCCUCAGGCCUGGAGAAGGAGGACGAGGAGGAACAGGCGGACGGGGCGGCCCGGCUGUGCGGGGAUGUGUGGCGGGAGACCCGAGCCAAGCUUCGAGGCAUCGUGGACAGCAAGUACUUCAACCGGGGCAUCAUGAUGGCCAUCUUGGUUAACACCGUCAGCAUGGGCAUCGAACACCAUGAGCAGCCUGAGGAGCUGACCAACAUCCUAGAGAUCUGUAACGUCGUCUUCACCAGCAUGUUCGCCCUGGAGAUGCUCCUGAAGCUGGCCGCCUUCGGGCUCUUCGACUACCUGCGCAACCCCUACAACAUCUUUGACAGCAUCAUCGUCAUCAUCAGCAUCUGGGAGAUUGUGGGGCAGGCGGACGGCGGCCUGUCGGUGCUGCGGACCUUCCGGCUGCUGCGGGUGCUCAAGCUGGUGCGUUUCAUGCCCGCUUUGCGGCGCCAGCUGGUGGUGCUCAUGAAGACCAUGGACAACGUGGCCACCUUCUGCAUGCUGCUCAUGCUCUUCAUCUUCAUCUUCAGCAUCCUCGGGAUGCACAUCUUUGGCUGCAAAUUCAGCCUCCGCACGGACACAGGAGACACGGUCCCCGACAGGAAGAACUUUGACUCCCUGCUGUGGGCCAUCGUCACAGUGUUCCAGAUCCUCACCCAGGAGGACUGGAACGUUGUCCUCUACAAUGGCAUGGCCUCCACCUCCCCCUGGGCCUCCCUCUACUUUGUCGCCCUCAUGACCUUUGGCAACUAUGUGCUCUUCAACCUUCUGGUGGCCAUCUUGGUGGAGGGUUUCCAGGCAGAGGGUGACGCCAAUCGCUCCUACUCGGACGAGGACCAGAGCUCAUCCAACAUGGAGGAGUUCGACAAGCUUCAGGAGGGCCUGGAUAGCGGCGGAGAUCCUAAGAUCUGCCCAAUCCCCAUGACCCCCAAUGGGCACCUGGACCCCAGUCUCCCACUGGGUGGACAUCUGGGCCCCCCCGGGGCUGCGGCACCUGCCCCCCGCCUCUCGCUGCAGCCGGACCCCGUCCUGGUGGCCCUGGGCUCCCGCAAGAGCAGCGUCAUGUCACUGGGGAGGAUGAGCUGUGACCAACGCUCCCUGACCCUGUGCUUCCGCGUCCGCAAGAUGAUCGACGUCUAUAAGCCUGACUGGUGCGAGGUCCGCGAGGACUGGUCUGUCUACCUCUUCUCCCCUGAGAACAGGUUUCGAGUCCUGUGUCAGACCAUCAUUGCCCACAAGCUCUUCGACUAUGUGGUCCUGGCCUUCAUCUUUCUCAACUGCAUCACCAUUGCCCUGGAGAGGCCCCAGAUCGAGGCCGGCAGCACCGAACGUAUCUUCCUCACUGUGUCGAACUACAUCUUCACAGCCAUCUUCGUGGGCGAGAUGACGCUGAAGGUUGUCUCGCUGGGCCUGUACUUUGGCGAGCAGGCAUACUUGCGUAGUAGCUGGAACGUGCUGGAUGGCUUUCUGGUCUUCGUGUCAAUCAUUGACAUAGUGGUGUCUGUGGCCUCAGCCGGGGGAGCCAAGAUCCUAGGGGUCCUUCGAGUCCUGCGGCUCCUGCGCACCCUACGGCCCCUGCGUGUCAUCAGCCGAGCGCCUGGUCUGAAGCUGGUGGUGGAGACGCUCAUCUCUUCCCUCAAGCCCAUUGGCAACAUCGUCCUCAUCUGCUGUGCCUUCUUCAUCAUCUUUGGCAUCCUGGGGGUGCAGCUCUUCAAGGGCAAGUUCUACCACUGUCUGGGUGUGGACACCCGCAACAUCACCAACCGCUCUGACUGCGUGGCUGCCAACUACCGCUGGGUCCACCACAAGUACAACUUUGACAACCUGGGCCAGGCCCUGAUGUCCCUCUUUGUCCUGGCCUCCAAGGAUGGCUGGGUGAACAUCAUGUACAACGGACUGGAUGCUGUCGCUGUGGACCAGCAGCCGGUGCCCAACCACAACCCCUGGAUGCUGCUCUACUUCAUCUCCUUCCUGCUCAUCGUCAGCUUCUUCGUGCUCAACAUGUUCGUGGGCGUCGUGGUGGAGAACUUCCACAAGUGCCGGCAGCACCAGGAGGCCGAGGAGGCGCGGCGGCGCGAGGAGAAGCGGCUGCGGCGCCUGGAGAAGAAGCGCCGGAGUGAGUGGGUGGCCGCACAGGGCGGGCCGGCCCGGGCCCAGGCCUCCUCCGCCUGCGCCCCUGAGAGGCUUUCUGAGUGGAAGAAGGUAGUGGCAGAUCAUGGGGUUUGGAUCAUGCUUCUCUUUGCCCCCUCCCCCUGCCCCCCAUAGUCCCUGGAGACAGCCCUCAAGUAUUGCAACUACAUGUUCACCACUGUGUUUGUGCUGGAGGCUGUGCUGAAGCUGGUGGCGUUUGGGCUGAGGCGCUUCUUCAAGGACCGGUGGAACCAGCUGGACCUGGCCAUUGUGCUGCUGUCGGUCAUGGGCAUCACGCUGGAGGAGAUUGAGAUCAACGCGGCACUGCCCAUCAACCCCACCAUCAUCCGCAUCAUGCGGGUUCUGCGCAUCGCUCGGGUGCUGAAGCUGUUGAAGAUGGCCACGGGGAUGCGGGCCCUGCUGGACACCGUGGUGCAAGCUCUGCCCCAGGUGGGCAACCUGGGCCUUCUCUUCAUGCUGCUUUUCUUUAUCUACGCCGCCCUCGGCGUGGAGCUCUUCGGGAAGCUGGUCUGCAAUGAUGAGAACCCAUGCGAGGGCAUGAGCCGGCAUGCUACCUUCGAGAACUUCGGCAUGGCCUUCCUCACACUCUUCCAGGUCUCGACUGGCGAUAACUGGAAUGGGAUCAUGAAGGACACGCUGCGGGACUGCACCCACGAUGAGCGCAGCUGCCUGAGCAGCCUGCAGUUUGUGUCACCGCUGUACUUCGUCAGCUUCGUGCUCACGGCCCAGUUCGUGCUCAUCAACGUGGUGGUGGCCGUGCUCAUGAAGCACCUGGACGACAGCAACAAGGAGGCCCAGGAGGACGCCGAGAUGGACGCCGAGCUGGAGCUCGAGAUGGCCCACGGCCUGGGUCCCAGCCCGCGGCCGCCCACCAGCUCCCCGGGGGCGCCUGGCCGAGGCCCGGGCGGGCCGGGCGGCGGGGGUGACGCCGAGGGCCGCCUGUGCCGGCGCUGCUACUCUCCGGCCCAGGAGAACCUGUGGCUGGACAGCGUCUCUUUAAUCAUCAAGGACUCCUUGGAGGGGGAGCUGACCAUCAUUGACAACCUGUCCGGUUCCAUCUUCCAUCACUACUCCUCGCCGGCCGGCUGCGAGAAGUGUCACCACGACAAGCAAGAGGUGCAGCUGGCCGAGACGGAGGCCUUCUCCCUGAACUCAGACAAGUCCUCCUCCAUCCUGCUGGGUGAUGACCUGAGUCUGGAGGGCCCCACGGCCUGCCCACUCGGCCCCAAAGACAGCAGGGGUGAGCCGGAUGCCCCUGAGCCCAUGCACGGAGGAGAGGGGGGCGAAUGCUUCCUCCCCUUGUCCAACACGGCCGUCUCGUCGGAUCCUGAGAACUUCCUGUGGGAGAGGGAGACUGUCCCAUCCAACCCCGUCCGGUCCUGGCUGAAACACGAGAGCGGCCGAGCUGCACCCCCGACUCCCUUCUCCCCGGAUGCCUCCAGCCCGCUCCUGCCCAUGCCUGCAGAGUUCUUCCACCCUGCUGUGUCCGCCAGCCAGAAAGGGCAGGAGAAGGUGGCUGGCGCUGGGACGCUCCCCAAGAUUGCCCUGCAGGGCUCCUGGGCAUCCCUGCGGUCGCCGAAUGUCAACUGCACCCUCCUCCGGCAGAACUUGCCUUCAGGCCAGGCUGGCGAGUGGUACUGGGCGGUUGGCUGCCUGGAUGGGCUCCGGUCCCUCCUGGGCACUUGGGGCCUGGACGCUGCAGCCCAGGGAGGAGAAGUGCAGACGGUGGGCCGCCGUGAGGACGCCAAGGUGAUGCCCAAGCAAGGAACCCCCCUCCCAGGAUGGCGGCCUCCGGGGUGA